CAAAAACCAUGCAGUCUGUUGUGAGAAUUCCUGGAGUUGAUUGAAAAUUAUUUAGAGGACUUUGGACAAUUUGUUUUAAAAGAAGAAUUUUUUUCUAUAGACUGGACAGAAUAACAAUCUAAAUCUAACAGACAUUUGAAGAUAAGAUUGGAGAACAUGACAUCUUUUGAUGAUGUUUUGGAGGAAAUUGGACAGUUUGGAUUGUUUCAGAAGCAGUUGUUUUUUCUCUUGUGUUUUAUCUCUGUCGUGUUCAGCCCAAUAGAUGUGGGCAUUGUAUUCCUGGGAUUUGUACCUGACUUCAGAUGUAGUAAUCCUGCAGCUAAAGAAUUAGGUAGAAAAUGUGGUUGGAACGCUGAAGAGGAAAUUAAUUAUACGGUUAUUCUUUCAGGUGACUCUGUGGAUCCUCUGUACUUUAGCCAGUGUCUGCAGUAUGACACAAACUGGAACUGGACAUCUAUCUUUUGCACAGACCCAAUAAGGAAUCUAACCUCAUAUAGUAAUUACAACAUGACUGUUACCAGCUGUACUAAUGGUUGGCUGUAUGAUACAACAGGAUCAUCCAUAGUUACAGAGUUUAAUCUUGUGUGUGAUGACUCGUGGAAGCUGGACCUUUCCCAGUCAGUUGUGAAUUUGGGAUUCUGCCUUGGCUCUUUGUUUAUCGGAUACCUCGCAGACAGAUUUGGUCGCAAACCAUGUCUUUUAGUUUCUCUUCUCAUCACUGCUAUUUUUGGUGUUCUUGUGGCAUUUGCUCCAACAUAUCCAUGGCUGGUUACCUUCCGCUUUCUUCAGGGCUUAGUCAGCAAAGGCAGUUGGACAUCAGGAUAUAUUUUAGUUGCAGAGAUUGUCGGCUUGGAUCACAGAAGAACUGUCGGAGUUAUAUACCAAGUGGCAUUUACAGUUGGACUUCUGGCACUUGCAGGCGCGGCUUAUUUCAUUAAUAACUGGAGAUGGCUUCAGCUGGCAGUUACUCUGCCAAACUUUGUGUUUCUGGCAUAUUACUGGUGUGUUCCAGAAUCACCUCGAUGGCUCCUAUCCCAAAACCAGAAAGAUAAGGCCAACAAAAUUAUUAAGCAGAUUGCUAAGAAGAAUAAGAAACCAAUACCCAAUACUUUACAGAGUCUAACUGCAAAUGAAGACAUUGGCGAUAAACAAGUUCCCUCUUUCAAAGACCUUGUCAGAACUCCUCAGAUAAGAAAACACACUUUCAUUUUAAUGUAUAUCUGGUUUACAUGUGCUGUUGUUUACCAAGGACUAAUUUUACACAUUGGAUACACGGCUGAAAACGUUUACUUAGACUUUUUUAUCUCUGCUAUGGUGGAAUUCCCUGCAGCAUUUAUAAUAAUAGUUACAGUGGAUCGUAUUGGGCGCCGAUAUCCAUGGGCAGUGGGUUCUUUUGUGACAGGUCUGGCCCUCCUUGUUACAGCUUUCAUUCCUGAAGGUCAACAUUGGUUAAAGGUGACAAUAGGAUGUUUAAGCAGAAUGGGGAUUACACUUUCCUUGGAAAUGAUUUGUUUGGUGAAUGCUGAGCUGUAUCCAACUUUUAUCAGGAAUCUUGGAAUAAUGGUCUGUUCAUCAAUGUGUGAUCUGGGAGGAAUAAUAACGCCAUUUAUUGUUUAUCGGCUGUCAAAUAUCUGGAAGGAGCUACCACUUAUAGUAUUUGCUGUAUUAGCAACACUUUCAGGAGUUCUUGUUCUGUUUCUUCCUGAAACGAAAGGACGGGCUCUACCAGAAACUAUUGAAGAAGUUGAGAGUUUUCAGAAAAAAGAAGAACUAACCAAAAUGAAUACAAUUUAUUUGGACGUCACUAAAACAUGAAUAAUUUAAUUUAAGUGGCACCAUUUAUUCAUGGAAUUUCUGAACAGAAACAAACCAAAAAAAUAUCAAUAAAAUUAUAGCAUAUGGACAAUAAAAUAUGAAAUAUUACAUUAUGUAAACCAAAGAAAGAAUAAUUUUUUGGCACAUAUUCCAAAUCCUUCAUGAUCUUCCUCCUUCAGUUAUUAGGCUUGGUGGAACAGAAAUAAAUUACAAAGCCUAGCGGUACAACUUGGAUACCGCUGCACCUAUCGUCGUUUUUGUUAAUCAAGAUAUAAAAAGCAUUAGAAUGCUACAAAGGGUUAUGAGGACCAGAGUGCUUUGUUGAAUGUCCAUGAAUGAGAACUUUUUGCUAAUUUCUGAGCCUUAUUUAACCACUUAAGCCCUGGACCAUUAUGCAGCUAAAGGACCUGGCCCCU